UUCUGACCACUGUUGCAUUGUGGGACACAUGAUUGACGUGUCCGCCAUUUUCCCGCUGGACGCUGCUUUCCAUUGUGGAUAGGAAGAAAAUAACAGACAAGCGAAACAGUUCCCACCACUUCUACUUACUUUUCUCCCAGGUAAUUUGUAGCAGUAAUGGCUCGUACAAAGCAGACUGCCCGGAAGUCUACUGGAGGUAAAGCACCUCGUAAGCAGCUGGCCACAAAGGCAGCUCGCAAGAGCGCCCCCUCCACAGGAGGUGUGAAGAAGCCCCAUCGUUACAGGCCUGGGACUGUGGCUCUGCGUGAGAUCCGUCGUUACCAGAAAUCCACUGAGCUGCUGAUCCGCAAGCUGCCCUUCCAGCGCCUGGUGAGAGAAAUCGCUCAGGACUUCAAGACCGACCUCCGUUUCCAGAGCGCUGCCAUUGGAGCUCUGCAGGAAGCAAGUGAGGCAUACCUGGUGGGGCUGUUUGAGGACACCAACCUGUGCGCCAUCCAUGCCAAGCGUGUCACCAUCAUGCCCAAAGACAUCCAGCUGGCACGCCGUAUUCGCGGGGAACGUGCUUAAAUGAUUUUUUUUAUUCCUUAUUCCUUCCUUCUGUCCCUCUCAGCGUCCUGCAAAUAUUUGUCUCUCCGUCCCAAUACUCUCCUUACCCCUCCCUCUUGUGUUAGUAGUUGUAGGAAAACUGAUUAUAUUACCAAUAAACUGUAUAGUGGUGUUUUUCUUAGCAGACCUCUAGGGUACUACGCUUCGGUGCAUGCACCAACUUUUUGGUGAAGAGAUUUUCUGAAGUACACACAACCCUUAUUUUGCACUGUCUCCUGUCUGAAACCAGAUUCUUCGUAGCUGGUGAGACACUGGUUGAGGAAUCAAAGAACAGCAGCAGACUCGAACAGUGCAAAAUAAGGGAAGACAAAUGGGAGAAGAGGAAGGAUGUUUGUCUGUAGGGAUAUUUUUCUCUACAGAUAAGGUGCUAAAUGAUCCUCUUCUGCCACCGUCUGCCCUCUACCAGCCUCAACUGACAGACGUGUGUCCUGCACUUGUCUGUUUGUGAGGCCAGAGUCUGUUCCCGUGUGUCUCCAUCCGUGUUUUAUCUGAACAACAACAAUCAGCAUCACAUUUCAGACCAUCAGUCUUGAUCACAACCUGCAUCUCUCCUCCGUCUUUGCUCACAUGUGGAUCUCACGGCCAGGGGAAAGGGGGUGAAAAUUGUCCUAGACAGAUCACCACAAAUGCAUUUUCUGUUAUGAUGGAAUGUUUUGGCACCAAAGUUUGUUUUUCUAUGGGAAAAAUCGUUUUGUGGGGUUUUUGGAAUCAGAAUCAGAAGAAUUAUAAGUGAUGACAUGUCCCUACUUGUCACUGUUUUCAAGAUAAGCGCAUCAUAUGUGUACCGUUUCUCAGGUUGAUUCCAUCCGUAAAUUAAUUUUGUUUGUUGCAUAUUUUCAUUUUUGUUUUGCCAUUGGGGAAACUUCAAAUUAACUAUUUGUAAUUUCAAGAGUUGUCUUACAAACUGGUAAUAAAUGAGUGUCAAAAAUAA